AGGUCUUUGUGGCUGCAGCGUGCGAAAUCUCUGGAAAUGGUGGGACCCCCCUCCCUCCUCUCGGUCGUCGUCAUCAUCGCCACCGUCAAUCGGUCCGAGGGGAAUUCGGGAUCCGACGGCGGAUGAGGCGCGAGCGACCAGGAAGGCACGCCGUGUCCGUUUUCUCCUCCUCCCUCCCUACUGCUGCUGAAACGACAGAGCAGGAGGAAAGCGGCCCUCUUCCGGUUUCGACCUCUUUUGUCUCACUUGGCUGGCCGUCGUCGGGUUCGCCACUCGCCGCUCCACUGCUUCGAAACUCCCACAAGAACUCCAAGAAGACGAUCCCCCACGAACCCUCUCGGUCCCGGUCGAGUUCCUGCGAGAGAACGAGCAGCGAUUGUUUACUUCCGUUCUGGGGUUUAUAUGGGUUCUGGAGGAACUGCGGAUUUAGCUGGGGACUGUGGAGACUUCACGUGUGCAGAGCCUGUGAAAAGGUUCCAUCUUUUAAGAGUUAUCGAUGCUAAGAAGCAGAUCUUGGAGCAAAUUGCUGCCAUCGGCGAGGAAGAUCGAGAUAAUCUUGGGCCGAAUACUCCCGAUACGGACAGAGAGGAUGGGGACACUUUUGUGAGCCUCAAAUCCCCCCUCACUCUGCCGGAGAUGAUGUUGGAAGUAGAUGUCCUCGAUUCCUCGAGGGAAAACGAUGAUCAAGCGCUUGCUCGUGUCGAUCAGACCAGUAGCCCUCACACGCCUAAACACAGCGUCUUUGACCCGUUUGCACCUGGUCCGGAAGAUUUGUUGCUGGCACCCCGAUGCGAUAAGCGCCUUGAUGAAUGGAAAAGCAGCGUCGCGCGCCGCCUCAAAUUCGGGGGCUUUGCUAGUAGCUCGGAAGAUCGAAUUGACAUGAACUGUUCGAGCGCUCCAUCCGACAAAGAGAUUGUUGAUUCGGUGUACAAUAUUAUCUUGGAAGUUGUUAUCGCGAAUCGGAUGGAAGAAGUUUCCGCUAGCAUUUCAGACUGGGAUUUCUCUAAAUGCAAGACUCCUCAUUCGCUGCCCCUUUUGAAUGGCGUUGCUGAGACAUGCCCCGGCGCUCCCAUGAAGUCUUCAAUGGUGUCGAGGAAUACCAGUUUGGGCACGUGCAGAAAGCUUCUGUUUUGAUCACCAUCCGGCUCACGCAGGCUCGACUUAACAGUGGUACUGACUUUAUCAAGUAAAUGUGCUGAUUUAUAAACUCUAAUCUGUUAGCUUUUCCAGUAGCUUUUUGUUCUAGGAAUAUGUCGAAAUCAAAUAACAAGUCUGUGUUACUCUUUGCCCACCAUGCUUAUGCUGCUUAACUUGUACAGUUAACUCGUGUUCUUGGCAUUGCAUUCUGGCAAACUUGCCUUUUUCAUUGAAGUA